CUCGCGAGAUUUCUGAAAAUGGAGUAAUGUCGUCCCCUAAAAAAUCCUUUAAGUACAAGCUUUCUAGCAUCUGUAUGAUAGAUUCCUCUAUUUGAUCGUGGAGAACAGAUCAUUUGGACUAUAACUAUGUACCUGGAUUAAAAUUUUGAUCGGGUAUUGCUUUGUAAAAUGAGUUUUACCAAAGAGCCUCAAGUCACCUGAUUUGUGUUUACCAAUGGCAUGUGACCUGGCGAACGCUGAGUCAUUACGAAGAAGGUGGACUUCAUUUUGCGGGGAGAUGUUCCCUGAAAAAUGGACUAAAAACUAAACUUUUAUUGGACUAUUUGAUAUGAGAGACUACAAUGAACAAUCAGGAAUAUCAACGCAUGUUGAUUUGCAAGAAAUAUUAUGAUAUCAACGAGAAAAUUGAGAUUUUAUUUAGGUGAAUGUGUCAUGUGACGUCUUUCGACCAAUCACAGCGCUAGAUUUUGAAUAGGUGGUAUAAAAGCGCUGUUGUUGUGUGUGCGGAAGCCAUUGCUGUGGACUGGGGAUUAGAGUGUUCGGAAGAAUCCAGCCACAAAAUGGACCCGAAGACCCAUCCGGCACUGCAAGGCUAUCGGCAGACUUCACACAACUCAUCCUCAGGAGCUAGCACCAAUGGAGAUGAUGGCAACGAUGGAAAUUGUCAAGUGUGUGCCAAGCUUGGCUUGGUGUGCAAGGAGUUCGAGGGAUUUUAUAUUUAUAAGAAGGCCCUGCAAAACAACACAGAAGGCGAACAGACGAACGCUGUACAUAAAAAGGGUCGUAUGACGAAUCAGUUGCAAUAUCUAACAAAGACCGUGAUGAAAACCGUUUGGAAACAUCAGUUUGCAUGGCCAUUCCACCAGCCAGUAGACGCAUCAAAGUUAAAUCUACCGGACUAUCAUAAAAUCAUCAAGCAUCCAAUGGAUUUGGGAACAAUAAAAAAGAGACUAGAAAGCCAUUUCUACUGUAGUGCUAAAGACUGUAUAAUGGACUUCAAUAUCAUGUUCUCGAAUUGUUACACGUACAACAAACCUGGCGAGGACAUUGUGUUGAUGGCUCAAGCAUUGGAGAAACUGUUCUUGAACAAGACAGCACAGAUGCCCCAUGAACAGGAAUGUGAGUUACAACCACCCCAAAAAAAGUCUGCGAAACACCAUAUACGACAAGCUCAAGCAGUCUCCUCUACGUCCGAACCGACGCGGAAAGUGCCACCGCGAGUAAGUUCAUCGAAGGAGGUGCUAGAAAAGAAGCUUGCAGCACAAGCAUCACCGCCAUCAUUAUCACAAACAGAUUCAUCAAUAGCUCAACCUCCUCUCACCAAUGCACAGCCAUCAACGACAGUCCCAUACUCACCUCCCUCACGAACCUUGCCCACGCCUACAGAGGUCACUAGCCCGACAAAUAAUCUGGUUGGUUCAACCCCAGCUAUGCAAUCAGCAGUCAUACCACCCUCACAGCCAACCAAGACGAAAAAGGGAGUGAAAAGGAAAGCAGACACAACAACGCCUACGUCUGUGGUCGCGUCCUCCCCAUUUGAUCCUCCGUUUGACCCUGGUGUGAAGGGGCCUCCAGUAGUACCCCGAUUGCAACCGCCAAAUCGACGAGAAAGCAGUAGUCGCCCUAUCAAGAAGCCUAAAAAAGAUCUCCCGGAAGACCAAGCGCAGCAUAGUACAAAGAGUAAAAAGAUGAAGCUCAAUGAACAAUUGAAAUAUUGUAAUACGAUUCUCAAGGAACUCUUUGCAAAAAAGCAUGCGGGUUAUGCGUGGCCAUUCUACAAGCCUGUGGAUGCUGACAUGCUGGGUCUUCAUGAUUAUUUUGACAUUAUAAAAAAACCAAUGGACCUCGGCACUGUCAAGCAAAAAAUGGACAACAGGGAAUAUCGAAGUGGUGCAGAAUUCGCUGAGGAAGUGCGGCUCAUUUUCACAAACUGUUACAAGUACAACCCAUCUGACAGUGAUGUCGUUCAGAUGGCAAGGAAACUACAGAACGUGUUUGAACGCAAGUUUCACUCCAUCUUUCAGGAUGUGUUUGAAAUUAAAUUUGCUCGUAUGCCAGACGGUCCUCUGCAUGAUGAUGAUUCGUCUGGAAGCGAGAGUUCUUCUGAAAGUGAAGUUAGUGAGGUGGAGGAGGAGGCAGCGGCAGCGGCUGCAGGAGAUAGUGAGGCAGAGCGUGAAAAACAAUUAAAAGAAUUACAGGAACAGCUACGAGCUGUCCAGGAUCAAUUAGGACAAUUAACACAAGAACAUAUAUCUCGAAGUAAGGAAAAGCAUGCUAGAGAAUCAACGGGAGGCAAAGAACCCAAAACGAAGAAAAAACGGGAGAAAAAAGUGCCGGAUACAAAAACGAAUGCACUGGACAAGAAACCGGAUAUUCCAAGUUCAGCGCCUUCUGUGGCUUCUGCUGCUAAUGCUGCAGUGGCUGCGACAUUGGGUGCUAGUAACGCUGUGGGUGGCGCUGGGUUAGGCGCUAACGCUUCCACUUUGCCAGUGCAUACUGAUGCAACGCCUGCAAAACCAACGCCAGCCAAACCUACCACCAAUAAUAAAGCAAAGACUAAUGCCAAAACUCCAAAGACUCCGGCAUCGGCUGCUCCAAAACGGCCGAGGUCGAAUAGUAAAUCAUCUAAAAAGAACAAAGCAGCCGCAGUGAUACCUGCGUUUGAUAGUGAUGCUGAGGACAAUGCUAAGCCCAUGACGUAUGAUGAAAAGAGACAGCUGAGCUUAGAUAUCAACAAACUGCCAGGUGAUAAGUUAGGGAGGGUUGUACAUAUUAUCCAGUCAAGAGAGCCGUCCUUGCGUGACUCAAAUCCAGAUGAAAUCGAAAUAGACUUUGAAACUCUCAAACCAUCUACACUUAGAGAAUUAGAGGCUUACGUAAUGUCUUGUCUCAAGAAAAAAGCUAGGAAACCUUACUCAAAAAGAAGUACGCCUGGUAAAUCAAAAGAAGAAUUACAAAAAGAAAAGAAACAGGAGUUACAGAAGAGAUUACAGGAUGUGACGGAGCAGCUUGGGGGGGCUGUUCCAACUCCCACAAACAAAAAACCACCUCCUAAAAAAGAUCCUUAUUCCUUUGAAGAGUCCCACGUAGACGUGGUGGGCGGUGCCAGUCGUCUCAGUGCCAGCAGUAGCAGUUCGUCGAACAGCGAUUCUAGUAGUGAUAGCAGCUCGUCUGAUUCAUCCGACACAAGUGAUUCUGAAUCAGGACCAAAACGGAAGAAGAUGUCAAACUUGAAAGGUUCAAAAACAGCGGAUCCACCAAAAUCUCUCAAUAUAGUCAAUUCUCCACCAGUGAAAUCAGUGAAAAUUAGUCCAAUCAAGAGAAUGCCAUCACCGCGCAAACCCUCCCCACCUGUGCCAAAGAUGGAAGAGCCAGCACCGCCACCAUUGGUCAAGGAGGAACCACUAAAAAUAGAAUCUUACUCUCCGCCACCUAUCACUUCCUCGGUCACUGCUCCGACGAUGAGGCCUGCCAGCCACCAGUUGCCCCAACAACCGAGUAGACCCACUGCAACUGCUACUGCCAAACCUCAGCCUAAGCCGCAUCCUGUGAGCGUGCCUCCGCCUUCAUCUAUGCCUGCUCCACAGAAUACAGCCCUCGGUGCACUGCUCACUCAACCCACUCGGCUGCCACCAUCUCCCCCUCCAUUGAUCUCGGCGCCACCUAAACUUCAGCCAGAGAAACCACAUUCCCCGGCAGUGGUUGCCACGCCGCCUGCUAUAGAACGGAGGGAGCCACCUGUCAAGUUCAUUAUAGGAGACGAUUCCAAUAGCCCAAAACCUAGUCCAAAACCAGCACCUCCUGGAGCCACAAUCUCCUCAAGUGGUGUUGGUGUGAUGCUCCCAGUCAGUUCAGCCCCUCCUACAGCCCUGGAACGAGAGAGAAAGCUUGCUGAGCAGUUGAAGGCAUCACAUUCAUUACCACAGUCAUUUACAAAAAAGGAAGUGAAACCACCUCUAAAGAACAUUGGUUCGUGGUCAAGUCUUGCUACCAUGUCGAGUGGAGGAGGGUCAUCAAGUGCCACAAAGAAGUCAACAGCUAUGGCAAGCUUCAAUGUAUUCAAGCAGGCUGCUAAAGAAAAGGAACAACGGGAAAGAGCACAACGAGAACAACAAGAGUUCCGGCGACAGCAGCGGGAGCAGGCGGAGAGAGAACGACUCAGAAAGCAAGAGGAACGACAGAGAGAACGUGAAGAGGAGGAAGCACUAAACCGAUCGAAGAAAUCACGUUCCGAGGAAAUGAAUCAGUCAAGGGAAGGUGAUAAGGCACUCCAGCAGCAGAAAGAGCGAGAGAGAUUACGUGAACAGGAGAGAAGGAGGAGGGCAGCUCAAGCCAAUCGUAUCGACAUGAAUGCUCAGAGUGAAUUGAUGGCGUCGUUUGAGGAAAUGUUAUAGUGAUACGCAAUUGAAGGAGUGGACAUGUCCAGGGACAAUUCACUUCUUUCAUGACUUUUUGGCAUGCCUAGCAUUCUUGUCAGCCAGUGCCAAUGGUUGAUUGAUGGGUGCCUGUACAUGUUGUAUUGAGUUCGAGACUGUUUGAAGGUUCUGUGGUGGAAGCUGUGGAAUGUUCUGUGAUGAAAUACCAGAAAUCAACACGACAGGCCAGAAGUGUAUUCAGAGGGGAGGCACCGACUAAUUGAUCUGCAGCAGGCCAGAAGUGUAUUCAGAUGUGAGGCACCCACUAAUUUAAGUGCGCCUGUGUAGACUUUUAAAGCCCACGUCCUUCCUCCUGGUCUUUACAUGUACCUCAACUUACACCUCAGUUUAUUCCAUGUCUUGUCUUGUCAUUUCCCUUAGAGGUGUCAGAGAUAUUCAUGUUGUUAAUAAUAAAACAGACAAAGUGCUUGUGAAUGUUUAGGCUGUGCCUUUCAAUCUCACACUUCACAAUUCACUCCAAGUAUGAGCUCGACCAGUAUUCCAUUUUGUGUUCGAAAUAUAUGUCUAGAUUGUCUUCCGUCUUUCCCAAUCACUCUGGUUCAGUUUGUCCAAUUUCUCUGAGUUGCCAAGUCGAAGUUGACCCUGAUUUACAAUCUAUGCAGGAGUUGUAACCGAGAUAAACAUUUUUGUUACCACCAGAAUUUGUCUACCUUAAAAUUUUGCAUUAAAAACAAGUAAAGCUAAGAGGUCACUUGGCACUUGGUGACUUGUGGCAAAGCGACCAUACGGUCUCUUUAUCUUCUAGAGACUUGUGCCAAAUUGAUUGUGCGUCCCAGGGACCAUAAGAAGUAAUAUAGAAACCAAUUGUUGCCUGUUCUGGCAAACCAUUUCAACAAAAUAUGAGUUUGCACACAGACAAUCAGACCCGAUAACCCCAGGGGUCACCUAACAUCUUUUGAACAGCUUUAAAAUAAUCAUUGAUCUUCCAGUAAUCUUGAAAAUUGGUGAUUUGACAGCCAUUACAAGACUUCUGUCCAAUUACAUGUAUGUUUGAAUAUUUACCUGACAACAUGCAAAUGGUUUUGCCAGAACUGGUCUCGGUUUGCUGAAAGUUUGGUCAAAAUGAGUCAAGUCACCUGGUGAGGAAGUGGCUUUACCACCAACAUUCGUGUAAAAAUAGAAGGCAUUGAACUUGAAUAACAUAGCAUAAAUUGGUGUAACGUCAUAGUGGUUGUGAUUGUCAGUAGGCUUCCAAGUUGUCUUGACGUCAUUUGUAAAAUAGCAUGUCCCGUUGUAUCUGAUAGGAUGUGUUGUAUUGUGUAAUAGUGUACCUAGUGUUAUGGCCCUGCAAUGGCUGCAUAGUACCUGCGGUAGUAUUGGCUACAUUGUUUCUAUGACAGGAAUGUACGAAGCCGUGCCACGUUGCUCGUCCGGUUGUGAGUGCCUUGGGGUGAACUAUUAGGGUAGAUCUUCUCUCAUUUGAAUCUGGAAUACAUUGGUUUCUUGAAUUGAAGUGCAAAAAAGUAUGUGUUUACAGUUGGGCAUGUGGUUGGAGAAGACUGUCACUACUGCUCACUUUCUCCUUCCUGGACUUGAAGGGAGGUUGCUUUUUGGCCGUCAAAGGGUUCAUGAUCGCGUGUCUUACUUUCAUAUCAAAAGUCUUGCUUACACAAUCAUUGAUUUUUCAAACGCAGUUCAUAUUUGGUGUUUACUCACUUUAUUGGACUUGGUGCCAAGGCUCUCUCGACAAUGAGAUUGUAGGAAAGCUUUCCCUGAAAACUUGCUUGUAAGUUCACACUUGAAAGAGUUCGGAAUUUGAUCGUAGUUGCAGUGUGUUGUUUUGGUAUUCUAAAACUGAUGCAAAAUUAUUUCCAUUUUAUGCACAAAAUUUAAUUAGAUUUGCACUACCCAGAUGCAUUGUUCUAAAAAUAAUCAGCAGUUUCUGUGUGUCUGUGAGUGAUCUUUUGACCCAUUUGUGUACGACACGAAGUCUCAUAAAAAAUUAACCAACAGGACACUUUUAAGUUUUUUUUAUUUAUAUUUCCCAGGAAGAAAAAAAAAUCACAAAAUAUUGCCUUACAUUUGAAAUGAAGACCGUUCUGUGUUUGAGUUUUGAGAGUUCUAAAUGGCAUUUCGAUGGUACUUGACCAUGUUUGAUUCGCAUUGGAUGCAAUUUCUGAAGAUGUUCUUUGAUAUUUCCCAAAAUAAUUGAUGUUGUGGUUCUAUGUAAAAAUGGUGGUUAAAGUUCAUGUAUCAAUGCCAAAAGAAGAAAUAGUUUUCAUUGAAAUUGGUUGAGAAACGACAAAAAAUAUAUAAUCGUAAUCUUUGGUAUCGUUUAAUAGAUUGUGCAAAAAUAUGGCCGAAUGUAAGGUAUUCUGUGGUUGGAUUAGGAAGGAUUGUAAUGCAUUGGUGUGUAACUCAGGACUGGUGCUUAAACUUAAUGUUGAAGCCUUGCUAUGGCUAUGAUGGAGUUUCGCACGACCGUCGUGGAUAAAAUGUACAUAUUUCUUAUAGACGGACGGAUGGACGUAACUGGUGUAUACUGUAUGUACAUGUGUGUUUGUAAAAUGUGCAUUUCAAUUUAUAUUUAUGGUCAAGCGAAUCUUUGCAUAAAUAAUGGUGUGUGAUUUUGAUUUGCUUCACUCAAUUCUUGUUUUCAUCCAAGAUGUAACAUUUUGUGAACUAUAUUUUAUGUAUUACUAAUAGUCAGUUGAGUAUGAAUCGAAAUAGCUAAAGUGAACAAACAUUUUGUAAAUCUACGCAAAUGGGCUUUGUGAAUAGUUUUUGUACUGUGGACUUGAAUUGAAUAAUCUAAGAGGGGUUUAUAUUAAUUUAAAAUGCAACCUGACUUUGGCAAAGUCAAGAGAAAGAGGGCCAACACAAGAGAAAUUGCGAGGUAAUAAUUUACCAAAAUACCACAAAUCAUUUUCUUGCAAAAAUCUAUCUGGGAGCAGAAUAUCUUCAUCCUCUAUCAUAAUGUUUCGCAACGUUUGACCAGAAUCACUUCAUAAUUUCUUUCCAAUGCUGAGACCUGGUGGGAUGGAGGGUAAAUUGCAUUUAGACUAAUUACUUUUGGCUGUCCUCUGACCAAACUUGGAACUUUUCAAUACCAGUAGUUUCAGUUGCUUAUAGCUAAAAGUAAUUAGUGCUGUUCCCACCUUGAUUUGUAAUUGCUGAUGUAAAUUGUUAUGUUGACAUAAUGCACCCAUUGAUCUCGUUAUCUUGUGUAGUAAUUUAGUCUGUGUUAGGAACAAGCCAGACUGACCUUCCCGUAGGAUGUUGUUUAUAGAUGUAUGUCCUUUGUGACUUGCCAUCACAAGUUAAUAUCGCAGGCUGGUGCCUGAGACAAGAAGUGGUCGUCAUGGUGACCUGCAAUAAAUAUUUGACCCAGCGAUUAUUGGUUUAUCCUGCGGCUGAAUGAUCGCUCAUCCCAGGAAUGAUUGUUGUAGGUCGCAGUAAUGAAAUAUAUUUUGAAGGGGUGCUUUGUCACAGUACCUACUUGAUGGGUGUUGAGUGAAAACCAGGGCCUUGUUGCUGCAUCAGCAUUAGAGACAAACACCAGCAUUAGCUCCACCAAGAGUUCUCAGGACUUAAAGCCAGCAUUUCUGCGAAUGUGGAUUGAGCAACCAGACCCUGCCAUUUCAUAUGUGGGAUAUUUUGUCAGUUUGUCAAACUCAGUGUAAUGCGUCUGCACUUUUGAGCUAGUCCUUCAUUCAAAGAGAGUGGGUAUCUCCUGUGGCAUACUACCUUUGAUACUUAGCUUCAACACGGUUAUCUCGUACAUCAAAUGGUACAAUUACGUGCAAAGUCAGCAUGCCAUGGCUGAUACCAAGUGGAGACAUUACAGUAAUGGUUAGGUGGAAUAUUGAAUGUGCAGCAGUCGCUCACUAUUCAGAGAUUCUCCUCAAAUGAUGUAGCACAGUCAUCAGCUUCAGUAGAAAACAUUCACUCAUGACAUCAUGUAUAUUCAUAUCAACUGUGUUUUGAUUUAGUUCCAGUAAUAUGGCUCGAUGAUGAUGUUUGUCUGAGUUUUACGGAGUGUGGAUGCCAUUGUCAGGUGUUGGUGGUUCACCAAAAAGCUUGGAUGUUUCGCCCCAACAUGAAAACUAUGGACGACUGAGUUUAUUCUGUGUUAUGAUAAUUAUCAAGAGUGAAGUUCCAGAUGUUGCGGGUAAUUGAGUUGGCUUUUAUUGAUAAACAGAUACGUAUGGGUUGGAGGAAGAGGGGGGAAGUAUUAAAGUGCUAUCUCACAUGCAUUUGCAUUUCUAGCUUCUAGAUAUAUUACGUCAUACUUUUGACUGCUUUAUUUAUGCUGACAACCUAAGCUUAGAAAGUAAGUAACUUGCUGUCAUUCACUAAAAUAGAGUAUAGGUAAGUAAGUAGGGUUAAAAUGUUACACUUUAUACCUACUAUCAAUUAGGAUUCUCCUUCGAAGAAAUGACACGAAUGCAAACAAUAAUGCCUAAUAUUUUUGUUAAGAAGGGUACCAUAAUUUUUGAAUUCUCACUUGUAGGUUGCUUCUUACUCAUCUCCAAGAAUAUACCCAUUUGAACGUAACCACUGCACAAAUCAGACUUUUCAUCCAGUGUUCUAAAUAUGAUGAUUCAAGUCUUACAUGCUGGCCAUGCAUUAUAUCCAAUCCCCAAAGCCUUAAUCAGCAUUUCAGGAAAUUUGAUGAAAUUUGUGUGUUACAGUACUGGAUCAGCUUGCUUAUUUCUGUUUCGUAACAAAUUGUUUAUCCUUUGAUGUUUCGAGUGGUGGCUGGCAAUAGGCUGGAUCUACUUAGGCGCAGUCGGAAUGUGCCCAGUUUUCCUGUUUUGUUUGAAUUUCAAGUCUUAAAUCUAAUGACAAGGUGCUGUGCCUUAACAAAACUAUAGGAAAAAUAUCUAUUUGACCUUCGUUAAUAGAGCUAUUGGCAAAACAAUGUUACUUCAUGAUGGGGCUCAAAAAUAUGAUGUUAGUAUGUUGUGAUGUUAACUGGUGUUAUGUUGGUGGCUUGCAGUGUUAUAGAAAUUACGCAAACGACUUGGGCAUUCAAGCUGUGGUGCAAUGUCAUUGUAAUCUGAUCAUCCACAGCCCUGCUUGCCAAAUUAGCUCAGCGAGUUCUUCGAUGAGAUGACAUCUACAUAGUGCUAUUGAUAGUGCAUCAAGAAAAAAGCAGUAAAUUCAAUCUGACAUGCAUUAUAAACUUAAACUGAUCUUGGAGACAACUUAACACCUUCAGCGCCAAACCACGUAGAUCUACGUGGCCCAAAUCCCCCUCUUUGAGCUGGUUAUCGGUGUCUAAUGGACUUCAUGUAAGAACUACGCCAUCGCCAUCUUCAGGGCAAGAUAGGAACUGAAAAGACCGAACGAUCUUUUCAGUUCCUCCCGUGCCCUGAAGAUGGCGAUGGCGUAGUUCAGAACCACUUCAUGAAAGAACUACGUCAUCGCCAUCUUCAGGGCAAGGUAGGAACUGAAAAGACUUGUCUUGUUCUUCUUUUCAGUUCCAGCCUUGCCCUGAAGAUGGCGAUGGCGUAGUUCUUUCAUGAAGUCCAUGAGACUCCGAUAACCAGCUCAGAGAGGGGAUUUGGGCCACGUAGAUCUACGUGGUUCGGCGCUGAAGGUGUUAAGCUUGAAUAGUCACAAGCUAAUUGUCGAAUGUAUUGGUCACAAGUGCAGUGGGACAAGAAACUGGUUACUUUCAAAUUUUAGUGUUUUGCUCAAUACAUGGUUUGGGUGAAUUUUCCAUUUGUGUGGGAUUGCAUGUCUGAGCGACUGGAAUAACAUUUUUUAAAAGCCUUCUGUGAAAAUGACGACCUAUAAUCUGUAUUAAAUAAAGAUAUCAUAUGAUAAAUUAAAGACA